CAUAAUGCUGACUAGAAAUUGAUUUUACACCUUUGUUUUAGCGCCCCCUCUAGCGCAGCGCCCCUGUGCCCAGGCUUUGCGCCGCUGUUUCCAGUGAUUGCCUUAGUCUGAAGGUAAAACUGAAUCGACACGUCAUUGGCUCUCACUCUGGCUGUGUUUGUGUGUAUUUUAAAGGAAGGAAGGGAGGAGGAGACAGCGUGGAAGUGGAAGUGGACGAAGCUUUUGUCGCAGUAACACAACUUCUCCAGUCGGGCAGCUGCUUUUCUACAACACAUCCUCCAACGGUCGAGUCCGUCCGUCCGUCCGAGUCGACAUGCCGCCGGUCAGUCUGCGCUCUCCGUGACCCCGGGAGGGUGAGAGUGAGCUCGGCUUGCUUGUCACUGAACGCUGGCGCGGAAGCGAAAGGCUCGGCGGUUGGGGAAAGACCGACACCUCCCUGCGUCUUUCCCGGCGCCGGGCAGACACGAACCCCGGAUCGGCCGCAGGGAACCAACCGCAACGGCGGUUAGCUGGGAAGCUAACAGGCAUAUAAACCGAGGAUAUCCGUUCAGUUGAGCUUUGAAUAGAAAGCAGCGGCGACGGCGUGAAAAUGGAUUAAAAAUGAAGGGCGGGACUGUCUAAUCAUCCAAAUAGGAGGGCAUCUCUCUCUCUGUCAAAGGAAACUAGAUUAAAUAUUAUCCAUUUAUGGACCCGGAUCUCUUCCCAGAACCCAUCCAGGAGACAGAAAGUUAAACACCAUAAAUACCGCUGAUAUUCUGAGGGAAGGUAGCUCUCUUCAGCUUACCUGUGCAGCAGAGCUGAGAGACAGAGCAGAAGAUGCCUCCAAGGCCGUCCUCAGGGGAGCUAUGGGGCAUCCACCUGAUGCCCCCAAGGAUCCUAGUGGACUGCCUGCUGCCCAAUGGGAUGAUUCUGACCUUGGAGUGUCUCCGAGAGGCCACGCUAAUCACCAUCAAGCAUGAGUUGUUCAAGGAGGCCAGAAAAUAUCCCCUCCAUCACCUCCUGCAGGAGGAAACCUCCUACAUUUUUGUCAGUGUUACACAGGAAGCUGAGCGGGAGGAGUUCUACGAUGAGACUCGAAGGCUGUGUGACCUUCGACUCUUCCAGCCUUUCCUCAAAGUGAUUGAGCCAGUCGGCAACAGAGAGGAAAAGAUCCUGAACAGAGAGAUCGGUUUUGCCAUUGGCAUGCCUGUGUGUGAGUUCGACCUGGUGAAGGACCCAGAGGUCCAGGACUUCAGGAGAAACAUCCUGAAUGUUUGUAAAGACUCUGUGGAGCUGAGAAACGCCAGCGGUCCCCACAGCAGAGCGCUGUACGUUUACCCCCCCAGCGUCGAGUCGACACAGGAACUUCCCAAACACAUCUAUAGCAAACUGGACAAAGGUCAGAUUAUUGUUGUAAUAUGGGUGAUCGUUUCCCCAAACAAUGACAAGCAAAAGUAUACACUAAAGAUCAACCAUGACUGUGUGCCGGAACAGGUGAUUGCAGAGGCCAUUCGCAAGAAGACGCGCAGCAUGCUGUUGUCCCCAGAGCAGUUGAAGAUGUGUGUUCAAGAAUAUCAGGGCAAAUACAUCCUCAAAGUUUGUGGCUGUGACGAAUACCUGCUGGAAAAGUAUCCUAUAAGCCAGUACAAGUACAUCCGUAGUUGCAUCAUGUUGACCAGGAUGCCAAACCUGAUGCUAAUGGCUAAGGACAGCCUGUACACUCAGCUGCCUACUGAUAACUUCGUCAUGCCAUCAUACUCUCGACGUAUCUCCACGGCAACGUCGUACAUGAAUGGAGAGGCUUCGUCCAAGUCGCUGUGGAGCAUCAAUGGGACUCUGCGAAUACGAAUCCUCUGCGCCACCUACGUCAACGUGAACAUACGGGACAUAGACAAGAUUUAUGUGAGGACUGGAAUUUACCACGGAGGUGAACAAAUGUGUGACAACGUCAACACACAGAGAGUACCCUGCUCUAAUCCCAGGUGGAAUGAGUGGCUCCCGUAUGACAUGUACAUCCCGGACAUCCCCCGAGCUGCCAGGCUCUGCCUCUCCAUCUGCUCUGUUAAAGGCAGAAAGGGAGCCAAGGAGGAACACUGUCCACUAGCUUGGGGCAACAUUAACCUAUUUGACUACACUCACACUCUGGUGGCCAACAAGAUGGCUCUGAACCUCUGGCCAGUCCCUCAUGGCCUUGAAGACCUCCUCAACCCAAUAGGAGUCACUGGAUCUAAUCCCAAUAAGGAAACGCCAUGUCUGGAGCUGGAGUUUGACCACUUCAGCUGUCCUGUCAAAUACCCAGACAUGAAUGCAGUGGAAGAUCAUGCAAACUGGAUCAUCUCCAGGGAACUGGGGUUUAACUUCAAUCUCUCAGUCAACCACUCGGGAACUCAACAGAGCAGUCGGGUGGCCAGAGAUCACGCCCUGACGGAAAGCGACAGCGAACAGAUGCGACAGCUGAGUAACAGGGACCCUCUGUCUGAAAUCACUGAGCAGGAGAAAGACUUCCUCUGGAGACACAGGCAUUACUGUAUGAACAUCCCAGAGAUCCUUCCCAAGAUACUUCUUGCUGUCAAAUGGAACUCCAGAGAUGAUGUAGCGCAGAUGUAUUGUUUGUUGAAGGAAUGGCCAUCGAUCCGUCCAGAACAGGCCAUGGAGCUGCUGGACUGUAAUUACCCAGACCCCAUGGUCAGACACUUCGCUGUACGCUGCCUUGACAAAUACUUGACCGACGAUAAACUCUCCCAGUACCUUAUCCAGCUUGUUCAGGUAUUAAAAUACGAGCAGUAUCUUGACAGUCCGCUAGCUCGCUUUCUCCUCAAAAAGGCCCUGACCAAUCAAAGGAUAGGCCAUUUCUUCUUCUGGCAUCUCAAGUCAGAAAUGCACAACAAAACUGUGAGCCAGAGGUUUGGGCUGCUGCUGGAGGCUUACUGCAGGGCUUGUGGCAUGUACCUCAAACACCUGAGCAGGCAGGUGGAAGCCAUGGAGAAGCUUAUCAACCUCACCGACAUACUCAAACAGGAAAAGAAGGAUGAGACACAAAAGGUCCAGAUGAAGUUUCUUGUAGACCAGAUGAAGAGACCCGACUACAUGGACGCUCUGCAGAGCUUCACCUCUCCACUCAACCCUGCACAUCAGCUGGGAAAUCUGAGGUUGGAGGAGUGCAGGAUCAUGUCAUCCGCAAAGAGACCGCUGUGGCUCAACUGGGAGAAUCCUGACAUCAUGUCCGAGUUACUGUUUCAGAAUAAUGAGAUCAUCUUCAAAAACGGAGAUGAUUUGCGGCAGGAUAUGCUGACGCUGCAGAUAAUCAGAAUCAUGGAGAACAUUUGGCAGAACCAGGGACUGGACCUACGGAUGCUCCCCUACGGCUGUCUGUCUCUGGGAGACUGCGUGGGCCUGAUAGAGGUGGUUCGAAACUCCCACACCAUCAUGCAGAUUCAGUGCAAAGGAGGCUUGAAAGGAGCCUUGCAGUUCAACUCCAACACGCUGCAUCAGUGGCUCAAGGACAAAAACAAAGGAGAGACGUAUGACAUGGCUGUGGAUCUGUUUACGAGGUCCUGCGCUGGCUACUGUGUAGCCACGUUUAUUCUGGGGAUCGGAGACCGGCACAACAGCAACAUUAUGGUCAAAGAUGACGGACAGUUGUUUCAUAUAGAUUUUGGCCAUUUCUUGGAUCACAAGAAGAAGAAAUUUGGCUACAAGAGAGAGCGAGUCCCGUUCGUACUGACUCAAGACUUCCUCAUCGUCAUCAGUAAGGGAUCCCAGGAGUGCACAAAGACCAAAGAGUUUGAAAGGUUCCAGGAAAUGUGCUACAAAGCGUACCUGGCCAUCCGCCAGCACGCCAACCUCUUCAUCAACCUGUUCUCCAUGAUGCUGGGCUCCGGCAUGCCCGAGCUGCAGUCGUUCGACGACAUCGCCUACAUCCGGAAGACGCUGGCGCUGGAGAAAACCGAGCAGGAGGCUUUGGAUUAUUUCAUGAAGCAGAUGAACGACGCCCACCAUGGAGGUUGGACCACCAAGAUGGACUGGAUUUUCCACACGAUUCGGCAGCAUGCACUAAACUAAACGCAUUAAACUCAACAUGGAGUAUUUAUUACUACACUUUUUGAAGGGAUUUAUUUUUCCAUUCACGGCAAACUAUGAAACUCUAUGAAGUUUGCCUUUUGAUUAAUUUUUGAAGCACUUUUUCCCUUGUUUUGUAAACGAGGUUCUGGGUUUUCCUCCAUUUUCCUUUUUGUUUGCCUUUAUUCAGGGUGUGCUGCUUUUGUCAGUGUGUCAAAUUUUCCUCAGGACCCUGACGGUAAUAACCUUCCCCAGACUUUCAUGUUUGAAAAAAAAAAAAAAAAAGGAAAUUUCUUCCCUUAUUUUGCUGCGCUUUAAAUAAAUU